AAAAAGGGGGAGGUGUGUGUGCAGAGUUGUAGGGACUGAAAUGGGGCAGUACACACCCUCUCUGCUUCACUCAGCCAGACCCACCGGAGUACAGGUGAGCAGCAAACAAGAAAGGAGUCGUGGGAUCCCAUCUGCCGCUACAAAACUCUGCAGAUUCUUGUCACCUGCAGAGUGUUAGGCUUAUCUUCACGGGAUUUUUCUGGGGAGUGAGUGAACAUGGAGAGUGAUUAAAGAGCAGGCACCAGCAGAUUAAGCAGUUUUUUCAACUGACUGGUUGAACAAACAGAACUCACUCAUCAAAUCUUUUUCUACAUGGAUCAGAAGUGAAGCUGUUGACCACAGAAUUACUGAAGUUCACCACCACUCCAUUGCUGUAUCGUGCUGAUGCAUUUCAGUAUUAUUCAAGGUUACCACUAAAAGAAAUAAAAAGUUUGCCUUGCCGUCGCGGUUUCCUGAAAAAAGCAGAAGAAAGGAAUUGAUUAUCCUGCUUUCAGAGACUGUAUCUGGCUUUAAUGUAUGAGAAAUAACACAGGAUCCUGGAAUAAAGGAACUCUAAUUGAAUGCUUUUGAACACUGAAUAGAAACCAGUCGCUGGAAUGACCUUUCCAGAGUGAAAUGUUAUUCCACACAUGCACCUAACAGCAGGAAGUUACCAUAUACACACAGUUCCCCUUCAUGUCACCAUAGAGUUAUGGUCUCCGAGAUAAAGGGCAGAUCCUUUUCUCCGAAAGAAAAGUAAUCUGCGGGCAGGAGGUUGGGAUGCAGACAGAAAGCAUGUUUUGGUGACCAAAAUAGAAGAGGAGGAAGAGCAACAUCUGGGAAAGAAAGGAGUAUUAGAGAGAUGCGCAAAGAGAAAACUGGACUAUUUCUCAGCACUCCUUGCCAGGUUUUCAACAGAGCACAACAAACUUGUGCAAUUUUCGUGGCGUUUGUCCAUGGGAACUCAUCCAAGACACAUUGGAGCUGACCCUCCUGGGAGGUCCUGCUAGACAGAGAGCAACAUUUCAGGAAGACCAAAGCAAUAGCACACUUCUUCCAUCAAAAUUUCAACCGACUACGGGACAACAUUUGAAAGGAUUAUUGCUGAAAAGGAGCCACGACCGGAAGCAACAACCUGGAAAGCAGAGCUGCAACUUUUCAGUUUUUUGCGUGUUUUCUUUUAAGCUUAUUCACUGUCUGCCAGUAAGGAGUAAAACUUCAAUCUUUCAACCGGACUGACGGCUUCAUCUUAGCAGGACAGACUGAAACAGAAGUGUUCUUUUGUGAGCAGCAAUGGAGAAAGGACAUAUGUCUGUCAGGAGAGGGGUGAGCUGGAGUCCUGGAGGAUUGAGAAAGCCUCUCCAGCUCACGCAAGACGUGCACAACCCUGAGACAGACUACAAUGCAUCAUGGGAAAAGACGGGACUCAACAAAGAGCACAUGAGCCGGAAAACAAAUCUGACCAGGAGUGCCAGUUUAUCAGAGAAGGAGCUUAAGGAGGCUCGUGUCAGGAGUCAGAUCAUCGCCGCUCAGCUCACCAUCCCUUCCAACUCAAGCUCCAGAGGCGUGCAGCUCUUCAACCGCCGCAAGCAGAGAGUCAAUGCCUUCACGCUUCAAAGUUGUGGAAAGGGAUCAGAGGAAGAUAAAGUUGAAGAUGUGAACAGCAACUCCUUGUCCAACAAACUAACAUGGGCAGAGAAGAGCAGUGAGGAAAAGGACAGAGACUUGAACUUGAAGAAUAGUGCUACCAAGCCACUCUUCUCAAGGGUACAUACAGUAGAUGAUAUCAUGGAUGCACCAGGUAGAGAUUUCCACAAAGAGGAAGAUGCGGAGGGCAAUGUGAUCCAGGAGAGACAUUUCCUCCCUGUCAGGGAAGAGCAGGAGGAAGAGAUAAGAGAUGAAAUCCACGAGGAGCUAGCGGACAAUGUCAAGCAUGAGAUUCCCCCAGGAGGUAAUCACGCUGAUCCAGUUGUGAUGGGACAUGCUGAAGGGGAAGCAGAGAUAAAUGGGAGCCACACAGGGCCAGUUCCUGCCGCAAAGUUUCUUAAUGGCUGUCACAGUACCUCUGGACCUGAGAGAGCAUCUUUAGCCACAUCCAAGCAGUCGGCCACCAUCAUGAACAGAACUGCCAGACCGUUUUUCUCACCACCAACAGUGCGAUCCCCAGAGGCAGGCAGUCCUGUCAUGGACAUCCCCCCUCCUCCUUCAUACUCCACUCCUCCUCUACCUGCUUUCACUGUCCCCCAACCAAUCGUGGCCUCACCUCCACCUCCGCCUCCGCCUCCCUCAUAUCCUACACCUCCUCUACCAGCAUUCACAAACCAACCCCCUCAGACCCACUACUCCAAUCCACCUACGAUGUCUCCUGUCAUGUCCCCUUCCUCUCCUCCACCACCACAUUUCCCUAGUUCUCAGUACCCACCUAUGCUACAUUAUGGUCCUCCCACAGCCCCAAAGCCCUCUGUCUGUAUUGCUCCCACUGCUGGAGAGAGAAAAGUGGUAACACCAAUCAAAACAGGAGUACUGGAGGAGAGUGCUGCCAGGAGGGCAAAUAAAAAGUCAAUGUUCACAUUUAAAGAGAAGCCAGUCAUAGCUCCAAACCCUGAGCUGCUCUCUUUGGUGCAGGGGGCAGAUGAAAGGAAGAAACAUGGACUCAGGUCUGUGCCUGAGCCACAAUCUGAAGAAGAGCUACUGGCUCUGGGUGCAGAGGCAUCCAACUUUCUCGCCAAAGAAGAGAUCCAGGCAGAAGGAGCAAGAGCUCCAGAGUGGGCUUCUUCUCUGAAGAGCUCGAGGACCCGACCAAGGGCAGAGCACCGGCCAGAGCAGACCCUCACCAAUGUGUCAGGAAAAGGGGCUGAGCUGUUUGCCAAGCGUCAGUCCAGGAUGGAAAAAUAUGUUGUUGAAAAUCAGAAUCCGGGACAAAUUAGGUCUCCUUCUCCCACAAUGUCUCUGCCACCAUCCUGGGUCUAUCCAUCAAACAUGCCUGGCAGGGUCAAGGCCAUUGCUAAAAACUCUGACAUCAGUGCUCAGCUUUCACAGAAUCUAAAGGCCCAACAAACAGUCAAACAAAAACCGAGGCCAAAAGCUGCAGCACCAGAGCCAGUUCCAGAGCCGCCUCCUUUAGAGAACGGAUGCUCCAAGAUUGAGAUGGACUUGUCGAGGCACCGCCCAUACCAGCUUAACUCUUCCCUCUUCAUCCUUAACCCGAUCAAGGACCCCAUUAGUACUCUUCCCAGAGGAGCACCACAGGCCAAGAACCUAAUGGGCUCCCAAACCUUCUCCAGACAGACUUCCUUACCUACCAGCUCACCCUCUCACUUCCAGUGCAUGUCUCCUCAGCUGCCUCUCAGUCCCACUGGAGGAACAGAGUAUUCAUCCAGUCCAGUCCCUGGACAUCCAAAGAUCAGUCCUUCAAUGUCGGCCCUUUCCCCACAGAGAGUGUCCUCUCCUCGGUCAGGAGUACAAGCACCGAGACCCACAUUUUCUGCCAAGAAGGCAGGGAUUGCCCCACAGACACCAACGGAGUACUCACCUGCUGAAAUUCCCAAUGAGACACCAACACCAACCAGGACCCCCACCCUGGCCAGACGUUUUAGCAGCCCAGCAGGCCCCUCCACAGGAACCUGGACAUCCAGCCACCAAUCCGGCCACCCCUCCACCACCAUCUCAAGCUCCAUCCGAUCAGUCACUUCUCCUGUAUCCUCUCCAAGUAGUACCAGAUGCCAGUCCCCUAUGGCAGGUCAAAAUAUCCCCUUUUCCACUGUAACCUCCACAUCCACCUCCAUAUCCAGACCCUCCCAAACAGCUACAGUCACCUCUCCAUGUUCUCCUCCAUGGGGUUCACGAAGUCAAUCCCCAAUGGUUGGCCAGUCCUCCUCUAUUUCCUCCUCUUCUGCUUUUAAACCUUCCCAAAUUUCUAAAACUUCCUCUCCUCUUUCUCCUCCUUGGGGUGUAAGAAGCCAGUCCCCAGUGGUGACACAGAAUAACAAGUCCUCCACUUCUGCCUCCUUUUCUACAUCCAGACCUUCCCGCACAUCUACAACCACGUCCCCAUGUUCUCCUUGGGGAUCAAGAUGCCAGUCCCCAGUGGUGAGCCACAAAACUCAGUCUUCCACCCUUUCUUCCAUUCCUACAUCCCCACCAUCUCAAAUUUCUACAGCUACUUCUCCUCCUUGGGGAUCAAGAUGUCAAUCUCCAUUGGUGAGCCAAAAUACCCGGUCCUCCAGUGCCUUUAUUUCUACAUCCAGGCCUUCCCAAACAUCUACAGCCACAUCUCCUGUCUCUCCUCCAUGGGGUUCACGUUCCCAGUCUCCCGCCCCCUUUCAAACCAGUUUGUCCUUCCCUGCCACCAAACCUCUGUACACAUCCUCUGCCACCUCUCCUGUUCUCCAACCUAAGGACAGUCGCUGCAUGUCCCCCAUUGUUAAUAACCUGGACUCCAAAGCCAACCAUCGCCUCCUAGCCAAGAACAUCAUCAAUGCAGCCAAACGUAAAAACAGCCCCUCCCCUGGUGCACUCAGUGGCCACAACCUCCCCAUCUCCCCUCUGGGAAAUUCCCACCACGGCUAUGACUGUCACAAACCACCCAUCAGCCCAUUCCAGCCGCGGGCUCUGGGCUCCCAGUCCCCAACUUUUACCAGCCCUCCUCCCACUCCAACUCAGAGAAUCUGCUCACCUGUGAGGCUCUAUAACACUCGCUCCCUAACAGACUCUGAUGCCUCUGUGGAGUCUGAGGAUUCGGGCCUUCGUUCACCUGGCCUGCACUCGUACAACACCUGCCCACGUGGUUGGGGAGGUAGCCUGAGGGUGAAGAGAAGCACCGUCUCCACUGACCUGUGAGGGUGUCACUGAAUGUUAAUUAAAGCAUUAAUUCAGUUUCAUGGACUUUUGUGGCAUUGGAUGGCUCAGUAAAAGACUUUCUGAUGAAGUUUCAUCAGAUUAACAUUACACAAGUUAUAUUUCUGUGCCUUUGAUUGCUGAUUCUAGACAACGGUAAAUAUUGUAUCAAGGUAGUUUUAGUAUUUUAUAUAACUCGCAUUCAUAGUAAGGACUGACAAGAACAAGCUUUUUACAUAUUGCAUUUUGCUGGCUUGUACGCUUCUUACAUACCAAAAAAGCAAAGACUCGAAAUAACCAAAGAUAUUUGAAUUCACUUUAAAAAAAUAUUACACUUUUUACACUUUCUUCCUCACAAACAUACCUUCACAAUCACUAUUACAGUUAAAUAUUGUUCAGUGAAGAAUCACUUUUAAAUGCUAUGAAUGAAUUUUUAUAUUUGCUGGUCAGACGCAAGUCAAAAUGGGAAGAUAUUUUAACAUUUUAAGACAUACAAGGGACACAUGGAAUAUGUAAAUAUAUAGCUCAAUGGACUGUACAAUGCUUUGGCUUAUUGUAUUGUGUUAGUUAGUGAUCAAAUGCAACUAUACAGUGAAUUAAGUACUCGGUAUAAUGUUUUUCCAUAAUUUUUCAUCACACAAACACAGUGGUAGAUAGGACACAUGCUAUUCAUGUUAUCACGAAAGGUUUACCAGUGUACACUAAAUCAUAUGUAUAAUUGUCUCAGUGCAAUAAUCAUUUUACCGCAGUGUACAUAUGUUGCUCAGAAUACUGAAUUUGUUCAGAUGAAUGUAUGCUUUACAGACAGACUGACAAAGAAUGACAGAACAAAGGGAGUGUUGAAGGGGAAGAGUUAAGUGAAGGUGAAAUAGGGCAUUGCCAGAUUUGUUCCAUCAAACACUGUUUCCAUGUUUCAGGAGAAAGACGUCAAAGUUGUUGUUCUGCAUUUGUGGACCAUGAAUAGUCUUUUUUCAUAUCUUUCCAGACGAACUGAUUCAAAUGUGUUGUACAAAGUGUCUGUGUGGAUGAAGUUGUUUGUCACACAAGCAAAGAAGGUGUAAGAUGUUGUGGAAAAAAGGUUGGAAGAAUGUUGCAUGUUGUAAAGUGUCUGUUAGAAGAAGAUUGGUGAAGUGAUAUGUGUUUCAAAUACAUGCAAAACUCCAAUGUACAUUCUGUUUAACUUCUAAAAUUUCUUUUUAUACUUGAUUUGCACUUCUGCUCAUUCCAUUUCAAUGGCUAAAACGGCAUUGUUUAAAACUUGAUUUGCUUAAACAGGUGUCAUUCACAUUUAAUGUGUAAAAUACAUUGAUUACUGUAAAAACAACAUUACAUCAGCCCUGUGUAAUGCAACAUGUUCAAAUGAUGAUGGCAAUUAGCUGCAAAUGUACACCCCCUGUCAAAAGUUUUAGGACACUUUCUCAUUCAAAAAAAAUAGAAAGUGUCUUAAAACUUUUGACAGGGGGUGUAUGUGCUGCCAGAACUAGCUCUCUGUUUCAAGUCAGGAACCAUUUAAAACCAUUCCCACCUUAGCCCAGUUCUGUUCCAGCACAACAGAUCAUCCCUUCGCUCCCUGACUCGCCGGCCAAAAGCAUCAGCACAUUUUUAAUAUUUACUCGGUGCGUCUUUUGAGUGACAGGGACUCCUGCUACAUGGUGACCUGGUUCCUUCUGUAGGAUUGCCAAUAUCACUGUCAUGAUUCGGUUUCAACCCUGGUUACCUCUGGACAGACUCAAACAGAGAAAAGAAUCAUUACAUUUUUGAGUUUGCAAGCAGGUGUUUCUGGUUCUGUGAUUACAUGCUGCCCUCGCAUUAAUACAGCUCAUGUUGCAUUUUGUAACGGUAUGAUUUCUGAAUGAAUCAAUGCAAAAUAAAAGACGACACACCAAAUUGAA